AUCCUCCAGACAAUCCAUCCACAAAUCACUUUUGAUCUUUUAUUCGGAUUAAAGGAUAAAAUCGCAUUCAUCUUUAUCUUCUUUGCCGCCUCUUUGAUUCUUCGAUCUCGUUACAAAAAUGGAAGUUUCUGUGAUUGGUAACCCUCAAGCGAAGAUCUGCAGAGCGGAAUCAGCCUGCAGGGAGCUCGGGUUUAAAUUUGGGUCCGGAAUCAUCUCCGGUGAAUCGAGAAAUAAUAAAGUUAGUUUCUUGACCCACCAAAGCUCGAAAUGGAAGGAGAUCGGGCUCCGUUGCUCUCCGAGAUCCGUCAAAUGCGAAGCCAUCGUCUCCGAUCAUGUCCCCUUUCUGAAACCCACUAGAUCUCUAGAGAGCGUGAAACUAUUCGUUGGGCUUCCUCUAGACACAGUCUCAGACUGUAACAGCGUGAACCACAUGAAAGCCAUCACCGCUGGGCUCAAAGCUUUGAAGCUGCUCGGCGUUGAGGGAGUCGAAUUACCGAUCUUCUGGGGAGUCGUUGAGAGAGAAGCUCCGGGGGAAUACGAUUGGUCGGGGUACUUAGCCGUGGCGGAGGUUGUUAAGAAGGUUGGACUCAAGCUUCACGCGUCUCUCUCUUUCCACGGUUCUUCCAAAGACACGGAGAUUGGUCUCCCUGACUGGGUGGUGAAGAUCGGUGAAGCCGUGCCAGGGAUGUAUUUUACGGAUAGAUAUGGGAAACAGUACAGAGAUUGCUUGUCGUUUGGAGUUGAUGAUGUUCCUGUUCUUGAUGGGAAGACUCCUAUGGAGGUUUAUGGUGGCUUCUGCGAGAGCUUCAAGUCUGCUUUCUCAGACUACAUGGGGAACACUAUCACGGGAAUCACGUUAGGUAUGGGACCAGACGGGGAGCUAAAGUAUCCUUCUCAUCAACACGAGACGUCUCUCUCUGGUGCGGGAGAGUUCCAGUGUUACGACGAACACAUGCUUUCAGCUCUCAAACACUACGCGGAGUCCACAGGAAACCCUCUCUGGGGACUCGGCGGUCCACACGACGCUCCUGCCUACGAUCAACAGCCUCAUUCCACUUCUUUCUUCUCAGACGGCGGGUCGUGGGAGUCUCAGUACGGAGAUUUCUUCUUGACUUGGUACUCGUCUCUUCUCACCUCCCAUGCGGACCGAGUCCUCUCCGUUGCUUCAUCAGCAUUCAGCGGGAGUGGAGUGUCGAUAAGCGGGAAGUUACCUCUCUUACACCAAUGGAACAAGCUGAGAUCUCAGCCUUCUGAGUUAACAGCUGGGUUCUACGGCUCUAACGGUCACGACAGGUACGAGGCAGUCGCGGAGAUCUUUGCGAAGAACUCUUGUGGGAUGAUAGUACCUGGAAUGGAUCUAUCAGACGAGCACCAGUCACCGGCCUCUCUCUCCAGCCCUGAGUCGUUACUUGCAGACAUCAAAACGUCGUGCAAGAAACAAGGAGUGGUUGUGUCAGGGCAAAACUCGGCUGCUUCUGUCUCUGGUGGGUUCGAGAGGAUCGUUGAGAAUCUGAAGGAUGAGAGUGUGGGAAUUGAUCUGUUUACUUACCAGAGAAUGGGAGCUCUUUUCUUCUCUCCUGAGCAUUUCCAUGCUUUCACAGUCUUUGUUCGGAACAUGAACCAGGUCGAGCUGUCCUCAUACGAUCAAGCGGGAGAGGAUGAGGCUCAGACAGUGAGCGUAGGUUCAGGCACUGGUGCACCUAGUUUGCAAACCGCUUGAUGAGUAUUUCAUUCAUAUUUGCACGUAAAUAAGGAAGACCUGUUAUGUAGCAUUUAUAUAGAUUUUGUCGUGUUCCUGUACAAUUAUUUGUAUCCGUGUUAUUCAUAAAACUGAAUCCUGAAGUUUAAGACAAAGAUCUUGUAGUACUCUUGAUUCAAUUGUAAUCCUCUUCUUCUA